CUGAUAGGCAAACAGAGAAGCUAUUGUUAGUCGAGGAGUACUGGGCAACAGUAGCAGGUUGUGUCAGGGUUUAUCCCACACUCACCCCCUACCUGUUGAAUAUUUACACAUUUAUUUGCAAGCCGAAUCUCUCUCGAAGAGCAGAGUCAGAGUUCGGCUGUGCGCAGGUGAGGAAAGGAAAAGUGUUAGCGGAAGGAAGGCAUUAAGGAAUCGAGGAAGUAAAUGAGGACGACACGACUGUUGGGCACGGAACUCAACAGGUCAGCUACUUCAAUGUUAUAACAGCGGCUCGGACAUUUUUUAUCCACUUCGAAAAAAAUAAAUAAGACAAGUAAAGAUGCCACUGGGACCAUGGAAGAAGAAAAACAAGUCAAAGAUAGAGCAUUUAGUGGAGAACGAAGAGGUCAGCGGUGGACACGCAGGUGUCGGAAGCUUCGGUAAAUCCUCCGUCAACGGAGCGGGUCUCCCGCCUCCACCUGCCAGCCAGAGGCCCAAACUGGUCUUCCACACGCAGCUUGCUCACGGAAGCCCAACCGGGAGGAUUGAGGGAUUUACCAAUGUCAAGGAGCUGUACACGAAGAUAGCUGAGGCGUUCAGUAUAAACCCACCUGAGAUCCUGUUCUGCACCCUCAACACACACAAGAUUGACAUGGAGAAGUUGUUGGGAGGUCAGAUUGGCCUAGAGGAUUUUAUCUUUGCCCACAUUAAAGGGAUCAAAAAGGAGGUAGAAGUUUAUAAAUCUGAAGACGCUCUGGGCCUCACCAUCACUGACAAUGGAGCAGGCUACGCUUUCAUAAAGCGAAUCAAAUCGGGCAGCGUUGUGGACAAAGUGAAUCUGAUCUGUGUGGGCGAUCACAUAGAGUGCAUUAAUGGACACAACAUCGUCGGAACGCGGCACUUUGAGGUCGCCCGCAUGCUGAAAGACCUGCCCAGAGACAAGUCUUUCACACUCAAACUGGUUGAGCCGAUGAAGGCUUUUGAAAUGCUCGAGCCAAGGUCAAAGGGUGCCAAACCUGCCAAUGAAAAUAAGAUCGGCACAGGAAGGGGAACCCUGAGACUACGCUCCAAAGGUCCAGCUACGGUAGAGGAGGAGCCAACGGAAUUUGAGGAGAAGGCUAUACAGAAAGUAGAUGACCUUCUGGAGAGCUACAUGGGCAUCAGAGACACUGAACUCGCUGCUACGAUGGUUGAGGUCGGCCGCGACAAGAAGAACCCAGAUGAAUUUGCCAUGGCGCUCGAUGAGACCCUCGGAGACUUCGCCUUUCCCGAUGAGUUUGUCUUUGACGUCUGGGGAGCAAUUGGAGACGCAAAGCACGGAAGAUUUUAAGUUCGCUGCUGGCCCCCCCUCAGAUCUACUCACCCUCAUACACACACUCCCUCACCAACUUAAUAUCCUCAGAAGCCAACUGGAUAAACAGAAUUAACGGGGUGGAUGAAGUGAUCUUACCAUCACUUCGUUCUUAGGUGUAGCUUUACUCAGUGUUGACUUAGGUGCGUCUGCGUAAGGAAUUUCACAUGUCAGCAUGUCUCUUUAAUCUGGUAAAGAUGUCCAUGAAACGUGGAAUGCAGUUUCUGACCUUGGACCUGCCUCCAGCAGGCUGAAGAGUUGGUGAUUCAUUCCAGAUGUUGUAUAAAUCUUUUGCACACCACCUCAGAAGCAAAAAAGCUGUAAGCUGCAUCUUAAAAGCUCACAAUGCUGAAUAUUUAGUCAGCAGGUGUUUGUCCCACUGGUUAGAAAAACAUGCAUUUUUUUCCAUUUUAAAGCUCAGUUUUGAUCAUAUUUUCUAGCUGUGUAGUUUUGAGCAUACAGAUGUAUCGCACAGCCUUUCAUAGACUUUUUUUUAUAAGUUAAAGUGUUGCUUAUUUUACAGAAGCAGCAUUGUGUAAUUAAAAUAAUUCUAGUGAUUGUAGAAAUAUAUUUCUAUUUUCAGCAACCUUUUUAUGUCUUUUAAAUGGGGGGAAAUGUCAUGUCGAGCAGCCAUUACAUUGCUAAUGCUCUUAGCUCUCAACUCCUUCGUGCCCUUACAUUUCUCAGCUGGAGCCUUGCAUCCAUCUGUCAGACUGAGCAAUACAAAGAGCAGAGGGUGUUUUUUUUUUUUUUGUUUUUUUGUCUAAAUGCCUUUUAGCCAAAUUUACAACACACAUUCCUUUUAUUUCUCUCAUUCUUGUAGCUGAACUUGUCACGAUAUAUUUUAAGACAUCCAUGUGUAUCUUUUUCCUAUAAUUUAUUUUGUGUAAAAUCACGUUCUGGAAGACAUUUUACGAGAUGUGGCUGGAUGUAAAAAGCCAUUUAGAGGGUUACUUUUGGAAGGGGCUCAACCGCAAUGUCUUAAUUAAAUGCACUAGGAUUAAUGGACUCUCGAUGACAAGAUGAAUUCAAAUAGCAGCUUGAUUAAUUUAACCUGCUGAUGUAAACUUCUGAAGCAGUUUGUUUUACAAACCAUAAGGGAUCACAGAUGUUGAUAGAGAAUAAAAAUUUGAUACACUGGUA